GGUGGAGGUUAGAAACAGAGGGCUAGGGCGUGGUGGUGUGGCCGAGCUAUUGCAGCCCAAGGAGGCCGUUUGAGACAGGUUUGAUUGAUGGCAAGCAGGGGGACAGCCAUUGGUAUUGACCUGGGCACCACCUACUCCUGUGUCGGGGUCUUCCAGCAUGGCAAGGUGGAGAUCAUCGCCAAUGACCAGGGCAACCGCACCACCCCCAGCUACGUGGCCUUCAAUGACACCGAGAGGCUCAUUGGAGAUGCUGCCAAGAACCAGGUAGCUCUGAACCCACCCAACACCAUCUUUGAUGCCAAGAGACUCAUUGGCAGGAAAUACAAUGACCCAGUUGUCCAGUCCGACAUGAAGCACUGGCCCUUCCAGGUGGUGAAUGAUGCAGGGAAGCCAAAGGUCAAAGUCGAGUACAAGGGUGAAGAUAAGACCUUUUACCCUGAGGAAAUCUCUUCUAUGGUGCUGACCAAGAUGAAGGAGAUUGCUGAGGCCUACCUAGGCUACACCGUCACUAAUGCUGUUAUCACAGUACCUGCUUACUUCAAUGACUCCCAGCGCCAGGCAACCAAAGAUGCUGGUGUGAUCGCUGGUCUCAAUGUCUUACGGAUCAUUAAUGAGCCAACAGCAGCUGCCAUUGCCUAUGGCUUAGACAAGAAGGGCAGGGGAGAACGCAAUGUUCUCAUCUUUGACCUGGGGGGUGGCACCUUUGAUGUGUCUAUUCUCACCAUUGAUGAUGGUAUCUUUGAAGUGAAAUCGACGGCAGGUGACACCCACUUGGGUGGAGAGGACUUUGAUAACCGCAUGGUCAAUCACUUCAUUGAGGAGUUCAAGCGUAAAUACAGAAAGGAGAUCAGUGACAACAAGAGGGCAGUGAGGAGGCUGAGGACAGCCUGUGAAAGAGCCAAGAGAACCCUGUCUUCCAGCACACAAGCAAGUGUUGAGAUUGACUCUUUGUAUGAAGGCAUUGAUUUCUACACCUCCAUCACCAGGGCCCGGUUUGAAGAACUGAAUAUUGACCUGUUUAGAGGCACUCUGGAACCUGUGGAGAAAGCUCUCAGAGAUGCCAAAUUGGAUAAAGCUCAAGUUAAUGAUAUAGUCCUGGUUGGAGGCUCCACCCGCAUCCCCAAGAUCCAGAAAUUGCUGCAAGAUUUCUUCAACGGCAGAGAUUUAAAUAAGAGCAUCAAUCCUGAUGAGGCCGUGGCCUAUGGGGCAGCUGUUCAAGCAGCUAUUCUGAUGGGGGACAAGUCUGAGAAUGUCCAAGAUCUACUACUACUGGAUGUUACUCCGCUAUCAUUGGGUCUGGAGACAGCAGGAGGUGUCAUGACCACACUCAUCAAGCGUAACACCACCAUUCCCACCAAGCAGACACAGAUCUUCACCACAUAUUCUGACAGUCAACCCGGUGUUUUGAUCCAAGUGUAUGAAGGAGAGAGAGCAAUGACUAAGGACAACAACCUCUUGGGCAAAUUCGACCUCAGUGGGAUCCCUCCUGCGCCACGUGGUGUACCACAGAUUGAGGUCACCUUUGAUAUUGAUGCAAAUGGCAUAUUGAAUGUAUCGGCUGUGGACAAGAGCACCGGCAAAGAGAGCAAAAUCACCAUCACUAAUGACAAGGGCAGAUUGAGUAAGGAGGAGAUUGACAGGAUGGUGCAGGAAGCAGAAAGAUACAAAGGGCAGGAUGAUAUGCAGCGUGAGAAAAUUGCAGCCAAGAAUUCCCUAGAGUCAUAUGCAUUCAACAUGAAGAGUUCAGUGGAGGAAGAGAAAACGAAAGGCAAGAUCAGUGAGGAAGACAAGAACAAAGUCAUUGAAAAGUGUAACCAGGCCAUAUCCUGGCUGGAGGCAAACCAAGCAGCAGAGAAGGAGGACUUUGAGCAGCAAUUGAAAGAUUUAGAAAAAGUAUGCAAGCCCAUCAUUGCCAAACUCUACCAGGGAGGUAUGCCUGAAGGGCCAUUCUCAGAACAAGUCAAAAAGGACCCUUCUGGUGGACCAACAAUUGAAGAAGUUGAUUGAAACUUUAACUGUCUUGAAUGUAAUAUCAUUUUCAGUUGGUCUCUCUUCUCCCCCAACCUCCCUGAAAUUGCAGCUGUCCUUUAGAAUGUCUGGGUGCUUCUGUAAAUCCAGUUGAUUUGGACAAUGUUUGCGUGGUUCGAUAAAUGAUUGCACACAUUUCCAAUGUUUAGGUGUUUGAAUGGUGGCAAUUAAACGUGUCAAUGGUGAUUUUUUCUGCAAACUGUUUCCUGUAUGUUUUGUACAUUGAGUACUUUAUGUUCCUUUAGCUGGUA